AACUCGGAGCUGGCACUGUUGCUGUUAUCUGGCUGGUUUCCAUUGCCAUGGCCCUACCUAAAGUCACGUACAUCCAGUUUGACAGUGGCUGCACGUGGUCGGUGGGCCGCGGUCACUGGCUGGGCUUCCUCGUUCCUGCAUUUCUGGUGUAUUACGUGGCUCCUCUACUCUGUAUCGCCCUGCAUUGCGGGCUCAUCAUCACACACCUGUACCGCUGCCGGGGCACUCUAGCCGCAGACCACCGCAACAAAAAAGCCACAGCCCUUCUCAUCGGCUCCACGCUGGUGUUCGCCAUUAGCUGGCUGCCUUAUUACGUGCUAGAGUUUGUCAAUGUUUUAUCGCCCUCCCUUAAUUCCGUCAGCUCACCCGAAAGCCCCACCUCCAGCUCCACCGCCCCGUCGCCGGCGUCAAGUACGGAGGUGUCUUUGCUGUGGGAGGUGGCCUCGCUGUCUGCCAUUCUUCUGAUUUGUCUGGCACCUUGCUGGAACCCGCCACUCUACUUCCUGCUAUCUAAGCCAGCCCUGAGGCAACUGAGAGGGCUGCUACCCAUCAUGCACCAACACUGGAGAGCUGCUACCUUCCUACAGCACAUAGUGCCAAAACACGCUCCCACACAGCCCCACUCACAGCCUGGGUCUCAACACGUUCCUCAGAACAUACUAGCAGCAACGCACCCACAAUGAGAACAUGCGCACUCAGAUCGACAUGGUAAGGCACAGCACAUACCUGCUUCACAGCAAAGCACACCCACACGCAGGCACAAAGUACACACACGCCACACACACAAUGACAGGUAUUUUCUGCCAGAGCAUCCUCAUCCCUGUCAUGCUGGCUGAGAUGGUGAGUUGCUUAGUAACACUACAGAGAGGAACAGAAACAUAAGACCAUGGACCUCUGCAUUUAUGGCUCAGCAUCACAUUUUACAAUGUUCCAGAAUGCCAGCUGCUCUCUUCCCCUUUUUCAAAAUCUCUCUCUCACACUAAAAACGUAUCACAGCAGAUUUUUAUCACCAACUC